CUUCGCUCUCUUGCUGUGGUCCCAUCACCCACCCCCUUCUUCGACGCCCGAUUUGGUUGAAUCCAUAACACAACAUCAUGGCGAUUGAUGGUGGCGAGCGUAGUUGCGGAGUACAUGAGUUGAUCUGCGUCAGAAAAGUCUCUCCGGAGGUGCUUGGAUUUCUGACAGCCAUCGGGCUCUUCAUUAUCCUCAUGACUCUUCUCUUCUGGUACUUCAACAACAAGUUGACACUCGAGAAUGCAGGGAGCCUUCAGUGCCUUGAUGACUUCAAGAAAAACACAGAAUUGCAAGAUAAGGUUUACGAUGAUGGUGACCAAAACGCAGCAUCAUCAUCAGACAGUGAGGACGAAUUGUUGGGUCAGUAUCAAGAAGCGGUCAGUCGUGCCCAAGGUCUCAGAGGUGGAGCCAAGGUGUCUGCUAAUGUCAAACAUGCGGGACGGUUCAGGUGGGAGAACCGACAGAAGUACAGUCCCCUGAUGGCAAAUUAUGACGGCUACAGCAGUGACGCCUCAGCCGAUGUAGCCAACUGCAUCCAGAGAAUGAGGCGGACACCCCCACUGGAUGAACUCCAGCCACCGCCAUAUCAGGAUGAAAAUGGAUCCCCAAGGAUGUCUUACACGCUGUCAGACCUGGGUGAUGCCAAGUGUGAUCUCUCACUGACCAGUGGUAGCCCCCACUUUUCCUUUCGCAAAUGCACCAGUGAGGGAAGUGAGGGCCAAGAGACAGAGGGUUAUCUCAACAAGGGCUAUGAGGAGGAUGUGCCCAGCGACAGUACCGCUGUCCUCAGUCCAGAGGAGAUGUCAGUCCGCGGUUCAGCUGCACAGCUCCCCAAAGGCUACGAAUCAGAUCAGGUUGCAAAAUACGGCACUCUUGACGUCGUGUUUGACUACGAUCCAGAGGAGCAGCAGCUGGCGGUGACCAUCAUGGCAAUAACGGACCUCCCCAUUCUAAAACACACUGGCAACAUUUCCUGGCAGGUUCACCUGGUGCUGCUGCCUACAAAGAAGCAGAGGGCAAAGACAGGUAUCCAAAGAGGCCCAUGCCCCCUCUUCACAGAGACCUUUCACUUUUGCCAUAUGGAGUCUGAGUUGAUCAGCAACUACGCCAUCAGAUUUCGACUUUACAGUAUGCGGCGGAUGAAGAAGGAGAAGGUGCUCGGGGAAAAUGUGUUUUAUCUCACCAAGCUCAACCUUCAGGGAAAAAUGUCCGUGCCGGUCAUUCUAGAUCCAUGCUGCACGUACCCAGGUGCUGAAUCCCAACUCAGUCUCUCAGACAUGACGUGCAGUGAAAGCGCCUCAUCGUUCCCAUCAGACAGUCAAACUUCCACACCAGAAAUCCUGGUGGGCCUGGUGUACAACGCCACAACGGGACAUCUCUCUGUGGAAGUCAUCAAAGGCAUACAUUUCAAGAACCUGGCUACCAAUAAGCCACCCAAUGGGCUGUUCUGUUGUCUUAAACACUUGAUAGGUGGACAGGUUUAUAUUAUCAGAGACACGUACGUUAAGCUGACCUUACUGAAUUCCAUGGGCCACGAGAUGUCCAAGUGUAAAACAUCUAUCUGUCGAGGCCAACCCAACCCAACCUACAAAGAGACAUUUGUCUUCCAGGUUGCCCUUUUCCAGCUAUCGGAUGUAACACUCAUUCUCUCCGUCUACAACAAACGCAGUAUGAAACGCAAGGAGAUGAUUGGCUGGAUCUCUCUGGGGCUCAACAGCUCUGGGGAGGAAGAGCUCACCCACUGGACUCUGAUGAAAGAGUCCAGAGGACAGCAGGUUUGCCGCUGGCACAUUCUGUUAGAGUCCUAGCUGUACUAUAAACGUACACAGGAAUAUGACCACAAACCUUCCGCACUGGUCAAUUGAGCAGGGUCAAAACAGAUGGGAGCAAAUGGGACUCAACUCAAGCUGAAUCAACCACUACUCACUUUUGAAUUCUAAUCAAAUUAAUUGCAAGCUAGAAAGACGCAAAUAUCCUGUGCUCUGAGAAAAUGUGCAAAGCCUUUACAUCAGGGGUGCCCAACCUUUUUUGACCGAAGAUCUACAUUUCAAGAAACCAACCUCCCAAAGUGGACCUGUUACCGCACAUGAAUGCCUAUACACACUAACAAGCACACUCCCACCCAUGGGCACGUAUGCACGCACGCGCUAAUGCCAUGAUGACCAAGAGCCGUAUUGGCCCCUAAAGUGAACGAAACAGAAAAAUUAAGUAGAUACAAUAGUUUGGGAGUUUGUGAAAAGGAGAUCACUGCCUACCUCAGUAGAGACCUGACACGGAGGCAUCGGACACACAGCGUGUGAAGUGCAGAAACUAUCGUAGGUCACUGUGUUCAUGAUCGUUGCUCACGUGUACCGUUUUAAAAUGCUGCU